UUCAAGGCCAGCCCACUCUACCUGUUUGUUUGACGUGGAGCUGAGCUGUUUUCUUCAGGGAGUGGAAAGAGCGGAGCUCGCAGCAGGUUGGGGAGUGUAAUAACUACUGCCAGCCACUUCCUGCUUUCACUACCACCGUUUCUUUCAGCUUACAGGAGCAAGCAGUUGCAACAGUUAUGGGUGUGUUAACUCCUCAGCUUUUGGUAUGUGGCCAGGUCAUAUUGUUUUUGUUUGUUUUGAAUAAUAUAACCGAUGCACAAAGGAUCAGUGGUGUGUCACCAUCAAAUUUGGCAACUACAAUAGCUCCACCUCUGAAUGCAACAGGAAACCACACAAAAAGUGUCUCAAAUUCAUCAAGCUAUUCAGUAUACAAUGAUACAGCAACUCAAUACAACUUGACAAGUCCCACCACUACUUCAGGACCUAACCAAAGCAAUGUAACAGGAUCAGCAGUGCAGCCAAACACAACAGCAAAUGCUCAGACAACCCUGUCAGCCACAUCCUCAACAUUCAACAUCAAUUCAACUGCUGUCACUUCUGCAGACAACAGCACUCGCAGCACCGAUGGAAAUGCUACAUCAAGCACUUCAGCAAUGUUCACUUCUAAUGUUGCAACUCAAAACAGCUCAACUUCCUUCAACGAAUCUCAAGCAGAUGGUGGACUGAAUAAUUCAGAGAAAUCUCUGACAAUUUUAUUCAGCAUUCUGCUUGGUGUGAUAAUUCUGGUAAUUCUAGGACAUUUUGUGUACAAGUUCGGCAGGAACAAAGAGAGAAGUGUCCAAUACACUCAUCGCCGUCUCCAGAAUGAAGAUACAGGUGAGCCGUUUGCAAUGCCAGAUGACACACUGGUCAUUUCAGGAGGACUCUAUGAUGGCCCUCAGAUUUACAACCCCACCAUGACAGUGCAGAAUGAAGAAUUCCAGACAGACACAUCUGGAUUUGCUUCCAGACCCACUCAGUUCCGCUUGGAGUUUCUGAGAGAGGAUCAAGACAGAGCACUCGACCAUGAGACCUCCACCUUUCAGACAUUCCAUGCACAUGACCAAGAGCCUUAAGAUUUCAGCAACAAACCUCUUUUUAUUAAAAAAACUUUUUUGAACUGAAAAUAAUACCUUUACUUGAAGCUUCUAUGGAAAAACAGUUGCAACAGUUAAAAUCUUUGAACUCUGAAGGUAAUUAAAUUAAUGAACAAUGUAAAUACAAUGUGUAAAACACAACUGCAACACAAUAACUUUCCAGGAACCAGCAUGUUUUGAUAAAAAAAAUUUAAGGUACUAUAUUUUUACAUUUUUAUAUUUUAGUAGAACAUACUAUAUAGGGUGUGUACUAAAAGAUUAGAAUAAAUAAUAUAAAUACUUCUGCUUAUUCAAACAACAGUAGAAACUUUAAGCAAUCAAAAGCUAUUGUUUUAAGAGUAUGUAUAUUCAAUUUUCUUAAAGGAUAAUCACAUAUUUUUUGAUGCUUUUUUGAUACUUUUAGGCGAAGAUUUUGUCUGUUACUUUUUUCUUCUUCUUAUCUGAAUUGCUAAUGGUGGUCCAUCCAGCAUCUCGCAUUCUCUUUAUUGCAGCCAGUUUCAGCACUGUUCCUGGAGACUUACAUGGAAAAGAACUCUGCACCUGUACAUCAUUUGCACAUGUUGACAGUCAAAACAAGAACAUAAAGGA